AUGCGCCUGAGAAUAGAGGGAGCCGUUGGAGCCUACCGGUGCCAAUAUGAUGGCUGCUUUUCGAUGGCUCGUCUCUGGCAACAAUCCAGGAGACUCCGUUUUCUUAUCCUACUCUGGACAUGGAGGUGGCUGAAACCUCAUCCUAUCUAUGCGAGAACUUCUAACCUUUGGGUAGCCCAGGUUAAGGACCCAGAUGGAGACCGAGAGUCUGGUUUCGAUGAUACUAUUUGUCCCCUAGACUUUGAAUCUCAUGGACAGAUAGACAGUGACACACUCCACAAAGCCAUUGUGUCACCGAUGAACCCCCGGGCUCGUCUAACAGUUCUUUUUGACUGUUGCCAUAGUGGUUCUGCGAUCGAACUUCCCUUUGUCUAUCGACCGAAUUCGGCAGGACAGGUUAAGCUCGUCGACAACGUAAAGCAGGGUAUUAGCCUUGCUGCAUCGGCUUUUAAUCUCCUGCAAGGAGGAUUCUCUGCUAAAAAGAUCCAAGACGCCCAGGCCCUCUUUGGAGGAGCACAAUCUUUCUUUGCUUCUCUGCACCAUCAAGGUGGUGGAGGUCCCACCAACGAGAAUGGCCUGGGUGAGGAAACCUUUGUCGAGGAUUGGAAGAAUGAGGGGAAGGAUAUUUGGAUGUUUAGUGGAUGCGCUGAUAAUCAGACGUCGGCCGAUACAAGCAUUGCGGGGGCUGCAACAGGUGCCAUGUCGUAUGGAUUCAUCAAGACCAUGAAAGAGAACCCGAAUCAGAGCUAUGUUGAGGUCCUUCAAAAUACUCGACAACUCUUGGCACAGAAAUAUCAACAGAUACCUCAAUUAUCUGUAGGCGGAGAAUAUGACCUACGCCAAAGAGUCUCUUUUUGA